AUGGGCCCCUGUACCGCCUCCUCAUGCUGCUGCCAGGCCCGUAAUCUGCCAUGGGCCCCCUACCGACUCCUCAUGCUGCUGCCAGGCCCGUAAUCUGUCAUGGGCCCCUGUACCGCCUCCUCAUGCUGCUGCCAGGUCCAGAGUGUGUCAUGGGUCCCUGUACGGCCUCCCAUUGCUGCUGUCUCCAUCGCCACACUCCUCCAUGUGCCACUUUCAGGUCUCCGCACACUGCUGGUGGGUUCCAUUUUGUCAUAGGGUGCUGUAUGGCCUCCCAUUGCUGCUGCCAGGCCCGUAAUCUGUCAUGGGCCCCUGUACCCCGCCUCCUCAUGCUGCUGCCAGGUCCAGAGUGUGUCAUGGGUCCCUGUACGGCCUCCCAUUGCUGCUGUCUCCAUCGCCACACUCUGCCAUGUGCCACUUUCAGGUCUCCGCACACUGCUGGUGGGUUCCAUUUUGUCAUAGGGUGCUGUAAU